UUAUCUGCAUGCCAACAGCCAGGGGGCGCUGUGAGCUGUGCCGAGUACCAAACGAUUACCUUCACUUCGGAACCCAACCAUGUUUUCAGAAUAGCAUUGGCGUUCAGCAACGUUUCCCCCAGGGUGAUGGGGCCCGACAGUUCCCAGAGUCCAGCCGCGCCUUGGAGGAAGGUGCUGUGGGAGCGCCAGCCCUAUCCGGACAAUUACGUGGAUCGGAGGUUCCUGGAGGAGUUACGGAGGAACGAGGGCAUCCGUCAGUACCGUUACUGGGCUGUGGUGGGAGAGGCCGUCCUGGUGGGGCAGCAGCUGUCUUGUGUGGCCAUUUUCAUCACCCUCUGGCUCUACAUGGAGCAGGGCCUUCUUUCUCCAGAGAGACUACUUGGAACCAGCUUGGCAAGUGCCCUGCUGGGCUACGGACUGUACCAAGUCCUCACAUCCCAGGUGGAGUGCAAGACCCGGAGUCGUCUCGCGGACUUACAGAGCGCCACUAUCUUCCUCUCCUUCACUUUUGGCUUCUCACCCGUGCUAAAGACGCUAACCGAGUCAGUGAGUACAGACACGGUGUAUGCCAUGUCAGCAGUCAUGCUGCUGGCCCACCUAGUGUCGUUCCCUUACGCCCAUCCAUCUCCACCUGGGAGCUUGUCUUUGAACGCGGCGCUCUUUGCGUCGGUCUGCCUGGCCUCCAGGCUCCCGGGAGCCCUCCACACCUUUGCCAUGCUCAGCUGUGCCCUGCUAAUCUUUGCUCUGUGGCCCUGCCUGCUGAUGAGGAUGAGGGACAAUGCCCCAUGCCACUUCACUAGCGCAUGUGUCGGGGUGUGUAUGGUGGCCGUGAGCGGCAUGGCGUCGCAAUCGCCCGGCGGAGCCGUGCUUUUGGCCCUGGCAGUUCUGAGCGUUACGCUGCUUUGUCCAGCGCUGCUAGUGUGGCUACAGAGGCACAAGGACAACAUCCACGGACCCUGGGAUGAGGCGGAGAUCCACGAGGACCUCAGCUGCUUCCUUCACUGAAGACCUGAGUGAAGCACAUAACGUAUAUGCACUGGACACUUCAUUAGGUAGACCUGCACUAUCUAAUGAGCACCAACAUCACUUAAAGAUAAUGGUGUUUUACGCUCACUGCUGUAGAAAUUAACUGUAUCACUAAAAGGUAUUUCAAAUAUUAUAAUCAGCUAAUCACAAUAAUAAAACAUUUUGUUUUAACUUGAAGGUAGAAUUUAUGUAUUGUGUCUCAUGAGAUUGUGCAGGGACACAUUUGCUGUCAAUCCACAGUCGAGUGUUUUAGCAGCAGAACUCCUUUUUAAAUAAUGGUCCACUUUUGGACAACCUGUUAUAUACCUUUGUUUUUUUUGUUGGUUGUAACUGCUAUUUCAAUAUUUUACCUCACUAGUUUUAAGAAUGGCAGUAAAAUGAUGCACUAAUGCUGUGCAUGUGUUUUUAAAUAAAUUAAUUUGUGUUUGUAAUGUUGACUGCAAUGGCAUCAACGUCACCUGAAGAUUUGUAAUACAAUUCAUGGAUUUCUGAGUUUGAAAAAACAUGUACAUUGUGUAAUAAAACAUGGGGAUUACUACAA